AUGGCCUCCGGAGCCCCCUACAUCCUGAAAUGGGGCAUCAUGGCCACCGGCCAGAUAGCAGAGACCUUCUGCAAGGACCUUCUCACCGACCCGGCCUCGAGAGACGUGCACGACGUGGGGCACCAAAUCGUGGCCGUGGCCUCGUCCACGUCUGCGGAUCGCGCCGCCGCGUUCCUGCGCGGCAUCGACGGUCCCGCCUCGGCCAAGGCGUACGGCUCGUACGCGGAGCUGGUGGCCGAUGCCGACGUGGACAUUGUCUACGUGGCGACUCCGCAUAGCCAUCACUUCCAGAACGCCAUGCUGGCGCUGCGGGCGGGCAAGAACGUGCUGUGCGAAAAGGCGCUGACGGUGACGGCGUCCCAGGCGAGGAAGCUGGUCGACACGGCCAGGGAGAAGAAGCUUUUCCUCAUGGAGGCCGUCUGGACGCGGUUUCUGCCGCUGAGCGUCAAGAUUCGGGAGCUGGUGGCGUCGGGGGAGAUUGGGACGGUGUACCGGACGCUUGCCGACCUCUCCUUCAACGAAAACAGCGAGCAAGACGACGGCACGGUCCGGUUCCCCGACAGCCACCGCAUGGUCAACAAGGAUCUGGCGGGCGGCGCGCUCCUCGAUCUCGGCGUCUACGCCCUCACGUGGGUGUUCCAGAGCCUGUACCACGUCCGGCCGGCGGGCAGCCGCGAGGCGCCGGUGGUGCUGGCGGCCGCGAACCAGUACCGCACCGGGGCGGACGCCAACACCAGCGUGAUAUGCCAGUUCCCGCGGAGCAGGAGCCUGGGCGUGGCGACGACGUCGCUGCUGGUCGGGACGUGCCCCCGCGGGCAGGGCGCCGCGCAGGCCCCGGCGGUCCGCAUCCAGGGGUCCAAGGGCGAGAUCCAGGUGGCGCACCCGGCGUUCCGGCCGCCGCGGUUCAGCGUCAUCCGGGCGCGGGGUGCGGGCGCGGGCGCGGGCGCGGGCGAGGGCGCGGGCGAGGGCGAGGGCGCGGCUGAGGUGGUCGAGUGCCCCGUCCCCCGGGAUGCCGGGCGCGACUGGGGCCACGGCAUGUUCUGGGAGGCCGACGAGUGCGCGCGCUGCGUCCGCGACGGCAGGACCGAGAGCGACACGCUCCCCUGGUCGGAGAGCAUAGUCAUGAUGGAGACGAUGGAGGAGGCCCUGCGGCAGGGAGGCGUCGAGUAUCCCGAGCGCAUCACCACGGACGUGUACGACGAAGAGAGCCCUCUCAACACGGGGGGGCGCGUAUAA